AAUAAAAUAAAAAAAAUAAAUAAAAAAAAAAAAACUUUAACUAAAAACCAUCGUAGAAAAAAAUGUCAUUUCGCGUAGUGAGAAGUUCGAAAUUUCGUCACGUUUACGGUCAAGCUUUGAAACGUGAACAAUGCUAUGAUAAUAUACGUGUCUCCAAAAGUAGUUGGGAUUCCACAUUUUGCGCAGUGAAUCCGAAAUUUUUAGCCAUCAUUGUUGAAUCGGCAGGUGGUGGCGCAUUUAUAGUACUGCCACAUAAUAAGGUGGGGCGUAUAGCAGCCGAUCACCCGCUUGUUGGCGGCCAUAAAGGUCCAGUACUCGAUAUAGCCUGGUGUCCUCAUAACGACAAUGUCAUCGCAUCUGGUUCAGAAGAUUGCGUCGUCAAAGUAUGGCAGAUACCCGACGGAGGAUUAUCACGUACCCUUACUGAACCCGUUGUCGAUUUGGUUUUCCAUCAACGUCGCGUAGGCUUAGUACUGUGGCAUCCAUCAGCAUUGAAUGUACUUUUAACGGCGGGAUCCGAUAAUCAGGUUGUUAUUUGGAAUGUGGGCACUGGUGAGAUAUUAGUACACAUUGAUUCACAUCCCGACAUUGUAUAUAGUGCCUGCUUUAAUUGGGAUGGCUCAAAACUGGUCACAACGUGCAAGGAUAAAAAGAUACGCAUCUAUGAUCCGCGCAAUGGUGAAAUUGAAAGUGAAGCUUUAUGUCACGAGGGCUCCAAAGCUACCCGCGCUAUUUUUCUACGUCAUGGUUUAAUCUUUACCACCGGAUUUAAUCGUUCCUCCGAACGACAAUAUUCAUUGCGUGCCCCCGAUGCGUUAAGUGAACCUAUCGUUAUGGUCGAAUUGGACACAUCGAACGGUGUAAUGUUCCCACUCUAUGAUCCAGAUACAAAUUUAAUUUACCUCUGCGGCAAAGGUGACUCAGUGAUUAGAUAUUUUGAGGUCACACCAGAAGCGCCAUUUGUACAUUACAUUAAUACGUUUCAAACGCCAGACCCUCAGCGUGGUAUUGGCAUGAUGCCAAAGCGUGGCUGCGAUGUCACAACCUGCGAAAUUGCCAAAUUUUAUCGCCUCAACAAUAACGGUCUGUGUCAAGUGAUUUCAAUGACUGUGCCUCGUAAAUCGGAUCUCUUUCAAGAAGAUCUAUACCCUGACACACUGGCUGAGGAUGCGGCUGUUACAGCUGAAGAAUGGAUUACCGGUACAGAUGCUGAUCCGAUAACUUUUUCACUUAAAGAUCGUGUUUCUAUUGUACAGGGUGGCUAUGUAUCACAAUCGGCCAAUAAGUCGCUGUCGGUCACAAGAAAAGCAAAUAUACUUAAUAGAGCAUCAGCUGGUACAUCAAAGAGUGCCAGCAACGCAACCCUGGUGUCCAGUACCUCGACCAUAUCCAACAAUAAUGCCUCAAAUGCGCCCGCGCCGGUAAGCGGUAUUACUGAAAAAGAUGUCCGCGAUAUAACCGACGAGAUACGUAAACUUAAAGCGAUUAUUGUUAAGCAUGAAAACCGCAUACGGGCCUUGGAGGCGGCUUUCCGAUCUCAAGACGAUGACACGGAUGGUGGUCUAGUAGCGCGUAAUGCUGCCAACGUCACCAACAACACCAGCAAUGACACCAAAGCCUCCGAUAGCCACAAUAAAGAAACGAAUGAGCAAAGUGGCAAUAAUGAUAAUCAUGGUACAAUGGCUUCUUCACGAGCGUCCGAGGAAGUGUGAAUCGCAGCUUUGAUUUAAAGAAAACAAAAAAUAUAUAUAUAUAUAUAUCACAAUCUAGUUAUCACGAUACCAUAUAAAUACAUAAAACUACACAUUGAUGUGCAAAACUGUUUUCGUUUUAUACUCUCUUAUAAAGAAAUGUUUAUACAAAUAGAAAUAACGUCUAAUACAAUCUAGAUCCCAUUGUCUGAAGAAAGUUGUAUUAAAAAUUAUUAACAUUAAAGAUCUUUUCUUAACAUACCCAGCCAUUGUGUAGACACGUCUAAGCGUGCUGUCUUUGUUACGUAAAGGAAUUUUGUAUUUUAUAAAAAGUUAUAGAUAUAUAUAUAAAUAUAUGUAUUUUUUUAAAAUUCUAUAUCCACCGGCUUUAUAAUGUUUACUCUUCAUGAUAUAUCUAAGUUAUACUUCAUCUUUAAGCCUGCUUGCUCCUCUAGAUAUUAUGUACGUUUUCAAAUUACCUUUUAAAGCAUUUUUAUUUAUUUUAUCUUUCAUUUAUUUUUACUCUUAAUCUAAUUUUUCAUUUUUGUUUCCCAAAAAAAAUGUUGUGUCAUUAAGAUUUGUUAAAAUUUGAUAAACUUCUUUCCGUUUUAAUAUUUGUCUUUCCCGCUUUAUCCCCUUCUCUUUCCUCUUACUUUUUUAUUUUUCCCUUUCAUUGUUUAACCACAUUUUUGUGAAAGUUAGUGUUUAAAAGAAGAAAGCUCAACUAGUGGCAAGAACAAAAAAAAAA